AUGAGCACUUUUGCAACUGAUAAAGUAGAUAUUUAGUAUCUCAAGCAAGACAAUAUUGGUAAAGUUUUGGCUAAGGGCUUAGCUGUUUUAUAUUAGGAAAAACCUAAGUUCCCUGUUGAUUACUUAGCAAAAUGGCUUUUGAAUUAUUCAGUUUCAGUUAACAAUGAAAAUAGGUUAGAUGAUACCCUCAAAGAAAAAGAAAACUUAAAGAAGGAAUACAAAGAUGAAUUAGAUAGAAUUCAAAAAGAAAAUUAAAUUAACGAAGAAACUAAGCUUCAUGACGAAUAAAUUGACAAGAAUUUCUAAUAAAAAAUAAUUAACGAAGAAUAUCAUGAUGUUCUUUUAAGCCAUGAAUUCCCUAACUUCCUUGAAGAAAGAAAAGGAUUAACAGGUGUUUAUAUUGGUAUUAAGGAUUUCUAAGUCAAAAAGAUUAAUGAAGAAGAUGAAGAUGAAAAGGCCCAUCUCGAUUAAGAUAAGGAUAAAGUCAUUAAUUAUAUUGGCUACUCAACAAGCCAAUAAGAAAUUAUGACAGGCAAAACUCUCUCUGCUAAAGAAGAGGAGAGCAUUACUGCAGCUGUAUUUAAGGAGCCUGAACCAAGAAACGAAGAUGAUGAAUCACCUAUCCCACCAACUUAUGUUUACGUUCCAGAUUUGGUUAAAGAACCCAGAAUGAAUUAUUUCAAUAUUCCUAAAUUAGGUGCUUAUAUCGCUUUCCCUUUGAAAUACAAGUCUUAUUUAAAAGAAGAGUUCUUUAAUGAUGCUCUUACCAAGAGAUAAGAAUUUUAAGCUGAGCACGAUAAGUGGGAGACCGAGAAGAAAGAAAAGGAAGAUGAAUUCAAGAAAGAAAUUGAAGCUCUUGAGGGAGACGAAGAAGCUAUUGCUGCCAAAAAUGCUGAACUUGAAUAAAUGCUUGCAGAAUAUCCAGAAGAACCUAAAGAAUAAGAAUUUAUGUACGAAUUAAAGGAAUAUGUUGUUUGUGCUGAUACUAUGGGAUAAGAUCGUGGUAUUAGUACUGAAGAUAUUACCUAUUUAGAAAACUAUGUUAAGCUUUUUGCCUAAAGCUGGGAAAAUAUGGAAUACAAGCUACUUAGUGAUGAUAUUGAUCGUUAAAUUGCUUACUUAAAAGAAGUUCCCAAAGAGCGUCUUGAUUAACUCAAUGACGAAGAAGAAAAGGCUGAAGAUGAAAAGAAGCCUGACUACGACCACUUAAAAGAAGCAAAUAACGAAAAGGAAUAUUAAUAUCGCUUAGAAUGUGUUCGUCUUGAACGUUAAAAGGAACUUCUUCGUGAAGAAGAUAUUCAAAAGUAUAUCUACGAGCUAGCUCAUUUCCGUAUUUUAAAGUUCCCAGGAAUUUUGUAAAAUAUUCUUUAUUUAUUGGGUUAUUCAAUGGAAGAAAUAAAUAUUCCUGGAACUCACGUUCUAAACUGGAAGGAAGUUAAGAAGAUUCUUAACGAAAGCUUUAUCAAUAAGGUGAUUGAGUAUAACCAUUAAGGUCCUAAGCCUAAUAAGGUUAAACCUUAUGCCUUAGUUAACAGAAUAACAGCUAAAUUAGAAAAGUAUGACAAGACUUAGGUUGAAGAAUAUAAUAUUGGAUAUGCUCGUCUCUUUAAAUGGUUGCAAGAUACUUGCCGUCUUCGUAAGACUGACAUUGAAAUUCGUCGUCAACACUACGAAGAUCGUGUCGAAGAAAUUAAAAAGAAAGAGGCCGAAUUAGAAGCUUGGGAAACUGAUAAAGCUAACAAGCUUGCUGAAGCCAAAGAAACUGCUGAAGAUCCUGAAAGCUUCAACGAUGAAGAAUGGGAAAAGACAUACGAAGAAGAAAAUCCCAGACCAAUAGUACCUGAAGCUGUUGAAGCUGAUGUUGAUGAAGAUUGUUUCUUUGAAUGA